UCCAACGCCCAAGAACCAGGGAACUCUCACGUUCGUGCCCUAGCAGGGGAUGGUUUCUUCGUCUUCCAUCACUGCGCACCUUCCCGCAAUGCUCAAGAAAUUGGGCGCCUCUGGCAGCUCGUGGAGACAGAUCGCCGCUGUCAUCGCCGUGGUGAGCGUUUUGUCCCUGACCCAGAUGCUGUUCGUGGAAAUAGUGCCAAUUCCAUGGAUUUCCACGCCAAAGAUGCCGCUAAAAUCCAGCCCAGUAGCAGCAGCAGUAGCGUACAGAGGAGCUCGCUGGAGAGCUCCGAUCGGGCAGUGGCUGCGACAGUGUGAUUUUUCCAAGGCCGCCAUAAAAACCACAGAAAGAUUGUUCGCAAAGUCGUGUGAGGAAGAUUGCGGUGGUAAUGGCGUCUGCAACCGUGAACUUGGGACAUGCCGUUGCUUUCAUGGAUUUAAAGGAAAGAGUUGCCAGGAGUUUGAGAACUUCGAGUGCAACAAUCCUCCAGCGAAAGAAUGGCCAUUUGGGGAAUGGAGAGUUUCCAUCUGUCCUGCGUCCUGUGACAAGCGUCGAUCGAUGUGCUUUUGCGGAGAACAAUCGCUCUAUCCACAGCGCCCGGUUGCCGAAUCGUGCGGUUUUUUUAUCAACGACACCAAACCGGUUGAUGAAGUGGACUGGGCAAAGACGGAUUUUGAGAUCGUCUAUGCGAAUGCGACCCAGAACAACAGCAUUGGGUGGUGUAACGUGAAGCCCGAAGAUCACUACAGUGGUAAAGUCAGGCUUAAGCCUCACUGUGACUGCAAAUACGAUUGCAGCUGGGGACUCCUUUGCGAGACUCCUACCGAGUGUAGCUGUGUGAAUCAGUGCUCGGGACAUGGAGUCUGCAGGGGUGGCUUCUGCCAGUGUCAAAGUCAGUGGUUUGGAAUCGACUGUAGCGUUCCAUCAACUGAUGUGCCUUCGAUUUCUUGGCCGGAUUGGCUUCGGCCCGCAACGUUAAGUGUCCCCCAACGCAGCUCGGAGAGUGAUGAUCAACAAGUUCAAGAAAUUUCAGUGGAAAAGAGAAGGCCUCUCAUUUAUAUCUACGACUUACCAGCCGAGUAUAAUAGCCAUCUUCUCGAGGGAAGACAUUUUAAAUUCCAAUGCGUGACUCGAGUUUACGAUGGGGUGAAUGCUACGUUUUGGAGCGAGUAUCUCGAAGGAGCAGAGUUGGCAUUCCUGGAAGGUCUUCUAGCAAGCCCGCACCGCACCAUGAAUGGCGACGAAGCGGAUUAUUUCUUUGCUCCUGUGCUUGGAGCCUGUGCUAUAACCCGCGCUGACGAUGCUCCACAUUUUAGCAUGGAGAAACAUAUGGGACUCAGAGGCUAUUUUUCUGGAGAGCUAUACAAAAACGCAUACAUGCACAUCAAGGAGCAAUAUCCAUUUUGGAAUCGUUCCUCCGGACGCGAUCACAUCUGGCUAUUUCCAUGGGAUGAAGGUGCUUGCUCGGCACCAAAGGAGAUAUGGAACGGGACAAUGCUGGUCCACUGGGGGAAUACUAACUCAAAGCACAAGAAAUCCACGACAGGCUACUUUGCUGAUAGCUGGGAUGAUAUCCCAAAAGAAUGGAGGGGUGACCAUCCUUGCUAUGAUCCCCUAAAGGACAUUGUUCUUCCGGCAUGGAAGAAUCCAGAUCCAAGGUCCGUCGCAGAGCGAUUCUGGUCCAGGCCUCGAGAAGAGCGCAAAACACUCUUUUACUUCAAUGGAAAUCUUGGAAAGGGGUAUGACUUCGGUCGACCCGAAGACAGAUAUAGCAUGGGAAUUCGCCAAAGAGUGGCCGAGGAGUUUGGAUCCACUCCAAACAAUCACGGAAAACUGGGAAGACAAGCAGCUCCGGACGUGGUGGUGACACCACAGCGGAGUGACGACUAUGCCAAAGAGCUGUCGAGUUCUCGGUUUUGUGGAGUUUUUCCUGGCGAUGGAUGGAGUGGUCGCAUGGAAGACGCAGUUCUCCACGGAUGUAUUCCAGUGAUCAUCCAGGAUGGCAUUCAUCUCCCUUACGAGAGUUUGCUCGAUUAUGAGAGCUUCACGGUUCGCGUAGCGGAAGACAAGAUCCCGGAACUUAUCACGAUCUUGAGAAACAUCAGCAAUGCCGAGGUAGAAUCGAAGCUGGAAGCCGUGAGAGGACUGUGGCAGCGGUUUGUGUACCGCGAUGCGAUCUUGCUAGAGGCAAGGAGGCAAAAGAAGGAUUGGAAUCACUACCAGGAUUGGGCUCAGCAAUACGAGACGUUGCUCGAAGACGAUGUCUUUGCAACAGUGAUACAAGCAUUGCAUUACAAGCUUCACAACGAUCCAUGGCGAGCAAAGCUCCCGAAAAGAGAGUGGGGAAUCCCACCAAGUUGCGGUAUCAAUCGCGCGUGACAAACUUUUUUUGUUCUCUCAGAGAAGACCCAAAGAAGGAAUUUUAUGUCUUUAGGGCUUCUAUGUUCUUCGAUCUUAAUGUUUGCGGCGAUGGCAGCCGAGGCGGGAGGCGCUGGCCAUAGCUGGGAUGCACCGGCGUCGCCAUUCCUCACAUUGUCAAGGCCGUGAUGCACGAGUCGGUCCUCGCGGCAUUGCCUGAGUCUCCAACAAGAUCCCAUUCCGGCAGUACUCGAGAAUCAGCGUCAUGGUCCUUCCACUCCCGUGAUUCAAUUUUAUGAUGUGGUUGCUAUCCAGCCGAUGAACCAGCAAGCGUUUGCUCAAGCUUGCACGACCAUGGAGGUAAGAACGAGAAUUUUAGAUCUCUCUUCUAUUGCUUUGUCUCUUGGUUGAUGUGAUAAGCUUGAAGAAGUUGUCUUUGAGGAUCAAA